GAGUUUAGUUACUUGUGUUCACCUUGCGAGUUCUGCAAUCUGAAGGAGAAGAACCCUAGAAUGGACAAAGGGAAGGGAGUGAUGGGAUCCUUCGGAAGAAGAUGGGGCGUUGAUUUCACUGACAAUUCAACUUCUCGCGAUAUUCCCGAUCCUCCCGGUUUCUCCCGCGCUUCUCUCGAUCAGGACGAUUCGACGCUUAGUCGCCAGAAGAAGGAUGCUGAAUCCAACUGGAAAUCUCAGAAAGCUUGGGAAGUAGCACAAGCCCCUUUUAAGAACUUGCUAAUGAUGGGGUUCAUGAUGUGGAUGGCUGGUAGUACAGUCCACUUGUUUAGUAUUGGUAUUACCUUCUCAGCUCUUUGGCAGCCCAUAAGUGCUUUACAAAGCGUCGGAAAGAUUUUUGAGCCUUACAAAGACAGUAAAGUGGAGCUUCUUGGGCCUAAGUUGUUAUUCCUUGCCCUUAAUUUGGGCGGCUUGGCACUAGGUGUUUGGAAGCUCAAUGCAUUGGGGCUUCUUCCUACGCACACAUCAGACUGGGUCUCAUCCUUACCACCUGCUCAGGAGGUGGAGUAUUCAGGCGGGGGUUUAAAUUUGGGUUGAUGUGCGGGUUCUUUUCAUGCCUGGCUUGACUAGAGAAUUUUAAUAAAGAAGGAUAAGGAUUCAGUGCUGUUGGUCAACAGUAUGUUCUAAUGGUUACUGUGGACUGCGUGAGGCAUGGCUUGUUUCUGAUUUAAUAUAAAUGUUACCAAUUCUUGUAGUCAUCAAGAUUGGACAGGGUUUUGUAGUAGACUGGGAGUGCUCUAUUUAAGAAUAUUAUUUCGAUUUAUAGUGAGGAUUUUAAUAUUUACACAUUAUAAUUCUCCGUACCCCUUUUAUUAAUUUAUUGCAGAUUUGGUAUAAAGUAAAAUGAUGUACAAGAAUCUCCCUAAAAUUUAUGAA